GUUGGCUUUCCUCGGAGAAUCGCCAACAUUGUUUGCUUAGGGCACCAGAGUGUUAUGAUAUUCCACUUUCCAGGACAGUUGGCUCUCCUCGGAGAAUCGCGUAAGUCAAAUCGAGCUCCUGUAGGCCAGCAGCUGCCAUAAAUGGAAGAAGCAUAGUUUCAGGGUCCCUUUGAACAAGAGCUUGAGGAUCCUUUUGAAUGAGCUUAUGUACACAUUCCAGCAUGUCGUGUUCAGUCGUCGACUCUGCGGGUGUGUGACCCAGCAAAAAGAUAUAGUCUGGAAGGGUCAAUUCCUCAUGGUCACAAGCACACGCAAGUGCCGUGUUGCCCUCAAGGUCCACCACAGACAUAUCGGCACCAGCGUCGACCAAGGCACGAACCAGGUUGGAGCGAAAGGCAAGAGGCUGGCAAUAAUUAGGAUGACUGAGCGGCUUUUGACACGCGACGUGCAAGGGCGUCCUGCCGAGGUUGUCGGCUCUAUUGAGAUCGACUCCAGCAUGGUGCAGCAACAACUGAGCCACCUUGUCCCCACUCCUGCCAUCCUCUGCCCAGCCACAGCCGCAGGCCGCCAGCAAGGGCGUUCUUCCCCAGUCGUCGGUAGUGUUGAGGUCCACUCGCUUGUCCCGAAGCAACAACUGGACCACUUCGUGGUAGCCCCAGUUGGACGCCCAAAGUAGGGGAGUUCGACAAAAUCCUCCGUGUGCAUUCACGUCCACACCGGGAUGAUCCAAGAGUAGUGCCACAAUUUCUGUAUAUCCAUUCGCACAAGCCAAAUAGAAAGGAGAACAGGUAUAGGUACUAUCUAUUGCGUUUGCAUCGGCUCCUGCUUUGAGAAGUAUCCGGACCAUGUCGGUUCUGCCAAACCGACAAGGGGGGUCCACCCAGCUCCAUCCUCGGGCGUAUCGACUUGAGCUCCACACUCUAGCAAGGCUUGGACGCAUUGGCAGUGUCCUUGAUUGCAUGCGAUUUGGAGCGCCGUGUAUUUUUCAGAACCCCGCCAUGAGGUUUCUCCCCUGGCAUUGGCGUUGCCUCCAGCUUGGAGCAAUUGCUUCAAUUCCUCCGUAUUUCCACGCCAAGCGGAUUCAAAGACUUCUUGUUCGCAUGGGGUAGUGGUACAUGAUGACGGCAUCUUGGCUCGUUGCUGCGAUAAAUUCAAGGAGAAGCGCCGUUUUUCAUCGGAAAUUGUGAGAUGGAUAGAUGAGUGACUUUACUUUUGAUGUUGUGGACGUGCCACCAAACGUGGGUCGAUCGGCGACUGAUGAUUUGUUCACCCCAGUCGGGUUUCCCACAGAACUUCUGGCCAUCUUCUCGAAUCCGUAGUACAUGCUACAUGUAGGGUAGUAAGCAUCCCCAACAUUCGAUAUGGCUUCUUCGGAACGCCCGCGCUGUGGUACUGCCGGGUCGCAUUUAUGUUAGGUGAUGAUACCGAUAGCGUCGGUUCCAUUGUCCCUACGGUAUUCUUUCUAUUUUCAGAACAACUGUCCUGGUUUGACACCUGCUUGAAAGGGUACAUACCCACUGCCGUAGAGUUGCAUUCGCAGCAAUUCUUGGGAGAUAAUGACAAGAACGACGAAUAUCACGACGGAAUACAAGAGCUCUGCCGUUCCAUAGUCAUUCUGAACCAGGUUGGCAAACCAUCGAAUAGGUGCAGGAUCGUCGUCUGUGACUUCUUCGGGAUCGAAAAAUGGCUUGUCAAGAAAGUCGUCGAUGCUUUCUUCGAUAUCGUGUGGUUUGUCAUCUUCCUUCCGGUUGCCGUCAUCAUUUUGCUGCUGAUUGUUCAAUUGGGGUAUCCGAUGCCCAGACACAUGCCGUGGUGGUAUAGUGAGAGCAUUGCGUAUCCCUGCAGUUUGAAAUGCAUCAACAAGUCCAUUUCUAGAUGACACAAGAAGAAAUAUCGCCAAGAAAACAAGCCGCCAUUGAAAUCUUGGUUGCAUCAUCGCGUCGUUGCUCUGUCUAAAAAAUGAGGCAAAAGUUGGAUCGGUGGUAGAUCACGGGACUGGAUUUUAAUCACGGCAUCACACUGACGUACUUCUAUUCUGUCUUUUUGUUUUUGUGGUGCCAGCAGCCUCCUUUCCAGAAACCAAAGCUUCGACAGAGAGCAGCUUGUCAAAGUGAGUGCCAUCAAGGUUUUGAAUUCCAGCUCCUUGUGUGGCUGUCAAAACAUUGCCCUUCCGACCACUCUUUAUCAGAAUCCAAAGGAAAGAAGAAUAUUUGACGACCAUGAAGAUAUCCAGUGCCUUUUUGGCCCUUUGUGUGGCGGCUACCUCCACGGAUGCCUUUACAAUUCACACCAAGCCAUUCGUACAGCCCAGCCUGGUGUCGCUGCAUGCCAAGAGGGUUAGCUUCCGCGAAGAAUCUCGAAAAGCCCUGGUACAAGGAAUCAACAAGGUAGCGGAUGCAGUCAGAGUUACCUUGGGUCCCAAGGGACGUAAUGUAGUUCUGGAACGAAACUAUGGUGCUCCCGAGAUUGUCAAUGAUGGUGUCACCAUCGCCCGAGAAAUUGUAUUGCGAGACCCAGAAGAAAAUGUAGGAGCCAAGCUCAUUCAAGAAGUCGCUUCCAAGAGUGACUCCAAGGCUGGAGAUGGAACCACUACAUCCACCAUCAUGACACAAGCACUCGUCAACCAGGGAAUGAGAGCCGUCACUUCCGGGGUCAGUCCUGUCGCUUUGAAUCGAGGUAUCCGAAAGGCUGCCAGGAUUAUUGCCGAUGAAAUCAAGGCAAUUGCCACGCCCGUUACUGGGAUUGAAGAUCUCAAAAAUGUCGCCACCAUUGCCUCUGGAUCCAUUGAAAUGGGGCGUAUCAUUGCUCAAGCAGCGGACAAGGUCGGAGACACAGGAUCCACCGUGGUCGAAGAAAGUCAAACCUUGGUCGACGAAAUUGAAUUCACGGAAGGAUUGACCAUUGAUCGGGGCUACAUUUCCCCCUACAUGGUCAAGGAUCAAGAACGUCAAGUGGCAGAGCUCGUCAACCCAAAGGUCCUCGUCACCGAUGCCAAGAUUGACGAUGUCAAUGAUAUUGUCCCACUUCUCGAACAAUUGGUCAAGACCAAGGAUCCACUUCUUUUGAUUGCCGAAGAUGUCACUGGAGAAGCACUCUCGGCCUUGGUGGUCAACAAAAUGAGAGGAGUUUUAGAUGUUGUCGCCAUCAAGGCACCUGGAUUCGGAAACAGACGGCGUGAGUAUACCCAAGAUAUCGCCAUUGCCACGGGAGCUUCCUUUGUCGCUGAAGAACUAGGAAUUACCCUCGAUGGCGUCACCUUGGACAUGCUGGGAACCGCCGACCGCAUCGUUGUGGGCAAGGAACAAACUACCAUCGUCACAGACGGAAAGCAACAAGAAGCCAUUGAUGCACGCAUCCAACAGCUCCGUCGAGAGGCAGAAGAAGCCGAAACCGACUAUGAUGCCGAUAAGUGCACCGAACGUAUUGCCUCCUUGGGUGGUGGUAUUGCCCGAAUCAAGGUGGGUGCUGCCACGGAAACUGAAUUGAAGGACAAAAAGCUGCGAUAUGAAGAUGCCUUGAACUCGGUAGAUAGUGCUCGAGAGUUGGGUAUCGUUCCUGGUGGAGGUGCUUGCUUGGCUUAUCUUCAAUAUACUAUGGUUGAUAAAAUCCUGGACGGCAUGGACGGUGAGGAUGAAAAGGCAGGUGCUCAAAUCAUGAUCGCUGCCAUGGGCUAUCCUGCCAUGCAAGUUGCCGAGAAUGCUGGAGUCGAAGGUGCUGUUGUACUAGCAAAGAUCCAGGCUAUAUGCGAAGAAAAGGGCUUUGGACAUGGAUGGGAUGCUGGCGCGAUGGAAUACUGCAAUUUGAUGGAUAGAGGUGUCAUUGAUCCUGCCAAGGUCACCAUCAACGCUGUUGAAAACUCGGCCAGUGUCGCUGGUCUGGUACUCACCACUGAGUGCUUAGUCACUGAAAUCCCCGUUUCAAUGUCGGAGGAAAUGAAGCAACAACUGUUUGAUCAGCAGGCCAUGGGAGCCGGUAUGGGUCCCGGCAUUGCCUAAAUAGAAAUCGUCUCGACAAGAAGCAUUGCCAGAAGAUAGCCAGCAAGAGAUAGUGUUUUGUAACUAGUUAACUCCCACUUCAUGACGUCGGGGGUACCGUAGAAGAAAGCAGAAUGCCGACAACCAAGCAUCAUUGCUACGAAUGACGAUACAGCAAGCAGCGUAGUCCGCAAACGGUUUAUUAGUAGUAACGUAACAAGGCGUAAAAUCAAACUUCAAUUAAAUCAGU